AAUCGUGAAUCUGCGUGAAUCUUUUGACAUUGAAUUACACAACCGAUGAUGCAAGUUUCUUAUCUACGAACUAUAAAAUACGGAAGUUUCAUAACAUUCGUAUAUAACCGCAGACAGCAAACUCAAUGUAAAUCUGCAAAUAAAUGUGAACGAUGAAACAAAUUGUGUGUCCCACAAUGGUCAGUGAUUUGAAAGAAACUUAAUAAGUCGAAUAAUUUCCAUUUAAAUCAAACUCGUCGCUAGUUCAAACAUUCAAAAUGAUUUUUCCAAAGUUGAAUGUGCUCGUCGUAAUUUUCUGUGUAUCAUUGGCAAGUAGUGACAAUGGUCGUGAAUGUUACAAUGAGUUUUGUGGCACACCGAUUGGUUUGAUUGGAGUUCCAAUUUUUCUGCAUUCUUCGACAUGCGGAGAGGAUUACUUAAUACGUGACGGUGCGUGUCCUUUGGAGAGUAAAUACUGUUGUCCAGCGAUUUCCGGCCGUGAUGGUGUAAUACUGUGCAAAGAUAGACACUACCUUGGUGGUUGCAAAUCGUAUUCCAUGCAUGGAAAACAGUGCAUAAACGUCGAUUCGGAUGACAAUAAUGCGGUGAAUUCGGUCAACACCCUUGGAAAUUGUGUUCGACUCUACGAUGAUAUCAAUUGUUCGGGCAAAUCACGUGCAUUAUAUCCCGGAAGUUUACGGCACAACGAUUUAUUACAAUUGAAUUUCAACGACAAAACCAGUUCAUUUGGUAAAUGCUACGAUGACGAUUAUUGUGGUUCGCAAAAUUCGACAAAUAACUGUGCUUCCGCUAGCAAUGAAUUGACUGUUGGUAUUUUAUCAUGGGUAUCGCAAGAUCGAUCCAAUUUACUGAAUCCAGUUACACUCUUCCAAACCGGCCCGUAUGAACGAACAGAAGUGAUGGAAGCACUAAUUCGAGCACAACAUCUUAACACAGGCACUGUUGCUAGUCAAAGAGCACGAAAUUAUGCCAAAAGAAUGGGAAAUUAUAGCGAUGAACCUGGUCAUAUUCUAUCGGCACGUCUCGGUGGCUCUGGUACUGAUUUGAGAAACAUCUUUCCACAAAGUCGAAAUUUUAAUCGCGGCAAAUGGAACCAAGUUGAAACUUUUGUGGCUGACGUUGUGCAGAGAUACGGUGGAGCACAUUUUAGUGUGAAUUUAUUGUAUCAAACCACUUCGGAUACAAAACCGUAUGAAAUUGUCUACAGAAUCAAAUCGUUCAAUUCGGAUGAUGUAAUCAUCGUCAAUGAUUUACUCAAUUCGAACUAGGGUCUGGAUUAAGACAUAGAAUAAAUAAAUAGGCUCAAUUUAGAAGGCUGUAAAUGAUUGGUUUGAAAGGAAAAAGCGAAUGAAAAUGAAGAAGAAUAGAAAACAA